AUGAUUUUGCAUUUAUGGGGGGGGGGGAAGAACUGUUAGUUAAUAAAACAGUUUUCCUCCCUGUCAGCUCAUGCACACUGAUUUGCAUGGCUGUGCACAGCCAUGCAAAUCAGUGUGCAUGCAGUGAAGCACACAGACACAGCCCCAUAGUAAAAUGCACACAGUUAACCCUUUGAUCUCCCCAGAUGUUAAUCCCUUUCUGCCCAGUGCCGUUAGUACAGUGUCAGUGCUUUUUAUUAGCAUUGAUCACUGUAUUGGCGCCACUGGGGAUGUCAGUGACACCAAGUCAGUUCCCCCCAGUGUCUGAAUGCGCUCCGCAGUCCUAUUAUAA